GCGGCCACGAACCUGCCAGACGCCGCUCGAGGACUACAACUCCCAGAAGGCCGCGCGGCGGCGGAGCACGAGCCGUGGAGGAUUCCGGACGCUGACGUCGGAGCCGUGCGGCUCAGGGAAGACGCUGGGCUAAGAGUGACCAUGACGAAAUUAGCGCAGUGGCUGUGGGGGCUGGCGCUCCUGGGCUCCACCUGGGCUGCUUUGACCACGGGAGCCCUGGGCCUGGAGCUGCCAUUGUCUUGCCGGGAGGUCCUGUGGUCACUGCCCGCCUACUUGCUGGUGUCCGCCGGUUGCUAUGCACUGGGUACUGUGGGCUAUCGCGUGGCCACUUUUCACGACUGCGAGGACGCCGCCCGCGAGCUGCAGAGCCAGAUCCAGGAGGCCCGAGACGACUUGGCCCGCAGGGGGAUGCGCUUCUGACACCCUAACCUCAUUCCCGCACGGACAGCCUGCUCUCCCCUCCCCCAUUAAAGCGCAAGUUUAUUUUCUAA